CAAGACACCCAUUUAUCCCAAACGGGUGUUUUCAAUUUAUGUGCUUGAAGUUCUUAUAUUGAUUUCUCUCAUUGAAAAAAGACGUAGCCUAUAUGGCUAGUAGAAUACGACUAUUCUGCGCUAAGUAACUAAGUAACUCUCUAGCUUGUUGGCAACGGACGUCAAGGUGACACAGUGUACACAGACACAGGAACGAGAACAAUUCUACGCCAAAUUAGGGCUCGAAGACCUGAAAAUUAAAGGAGUGACUGUUGAAUGGAAAAUUAUUUGGUGAGUGCUGACUGCUAGGCUACUACCUAAAGAUGCCAGAAGGAGGAAAAUCAGAUAUGGAGAGGAUUGGAGUAUUUAAGGAAAUGGGUUACAUCUCUGUCGGGGACAAGUACACCCCGUUUAUUUACCGUCCCUUUAAUGAGCCUGCCCAGAAGGGUAAACAGUUACUCACUGGUGGGGUCCCCAAGAAGAAGUCAGGGUUACAAGUGGGUUACUUUGACACUCACUUCAAACGGAUCUUUGAGAGGGAAGCCUUUACAGACCCUGUGAGACUUGCCCGGCAAUACAGGAUCCAACAGUCCAAGAAGAACAUAGGGAGUGCCUUCCUCCCCAGCAAUGGCGAGAAAAAACCGUCAGGGGUUGGCAGCUACUACGGAACUCUGAGUGGUCCCAUGCAGGCCAUGAGUCCCAUGAAGGUCCAGAGGAAACCGUACAAACCACCAGGCAAGAACAUCCUCACCAGCCCACCCAAGAGGGGGAGUGGAUACAGCUAUCCGAAUGUCACCCUGUCCAAAUUGAGCACUUAUUCCUCUGACCCCUAUGACAGAGCCAAAGAGAUUUCCAAGCAAGAAACUGCAAGACAUAGAGCUUUGCUGAAGGCGGGUGCUUUCCGCUUGAACCUUCAGCCAAAGGAAUUUUUCGACAACAAUCCAUAUAGACUGGACAAGCCUCUGCCACCUCUGAAGAGUUUGGAGGAGAAGAAAAGAUUUGUGGUUCCCUUCAAACCAAGUUCACCAAACAAAAGGAUCGGAGGCAUGAAAGCAGGUACUUUUGAUAAUUACCCCUCUCACUCUGCUGACCCUUAUGGCACCCGGAGACCCACAGCUGUGACUGUGAAUAAGGAGGGCAAAGUGUUCCACCCACCGCCUGGACCAAAGAGCACCCCUGUGAAGAGCAUCAUCAGUGUUAAUGUGAACCGGGCGGUGCACUCUGCAAAUUACACCACGCACGUGCCACCUGUGAUGGCGUACUAAUGUAGAAGCGCAAAUUUUUUUUCUUCAAGUAAGUUGUUUGAAUGUCAAUAAAAUAUAUCUUUCACAUUUCCGUUGCCGUUUUGUCACUAACAAACAAUGCUGUUCUGUUGAG